AUGGGAAGUAUCAUCGGUGUCAUAGCUGUGCUAGGAAAUUGCAGCCAGCUGAACGAUAUCCUUGUUUCUCGUCUAGACAUGCUCUCAUGUGCAUUUGUGCUCACCUGGAACACCUAUUUAAAAUUGUAUAUGAUUUUUAACGCUUCAUGGAAAAGUGAUGUAGUAUCUCGUUUGAUGUCCGAGCAGGUCUCUCAAGGUACCACCGAAAAAUUUGAGCCAUCCAGUAUAUUCGGUCAAAAAACUAACGAAUACUCUAACAUCAUGAAUAUGGCACAGUUGGUGAUGAGACCGGAGAUGGCAAAACAACUUGAGCAAUUUCAGGCUCAAUUCGGUGUAACAUCACCGUUAUUGGUGAAACCACCAGUUCCAUUUGAUAGUCCAUUUGCAAUUGCUUCAUUGACAAAAGCGGACAAUAAGGAUGAGCGAAGGGAGGAGAAACCAGUUAUGCACGAUGCGGCACCGUCGGUGUCUGAACAGAGAGAUUCACUGAAUAUCUCAGAUGAUGGCGGUGAGAGUCCAGAUGAGAAUGGUAAAAGAAAACAACGAAGGUAUCGUACCACGUUCAGUGCUUAUCAGUUAGAUGAACUUGAAAAAGUCUUCGCACGUACACAUUAUCCGGAUGUUUUUACAAGGGAAGAACUUGCGCAACGAGUUACGCUAACCGAAGCACGAGUACAGGUCUGGUUCCAAAAUCGUCGUGCUAAAUUCCGCAAACAGGAGCGUAGCAGUCAUCAUCCGUAUCCACAUCCGACACCAAUCGGUGAACUACCCUAUCCGAUGAUGCUGAAUCAGGAGUUGAUGGCGGUGAUGAAUCAACACACAAUGAAUCAUGUCGCUCAGGCUGCAGCUGAAUCCCUGCUCAUGACUCCAGGCGCAAUGCUAGCUGCUGCAGCAGUUCGACGUCCACAAUCGCCGGUGGUCACGCCUGUUGUCUCCGCUGCAGCGGCGGCGGCAGCAGCAGCUACCCCUAUUAUCCCGCCGGCGGUUGCGAUGCCAUUCCCAUCGCCGCUUAUGCAGCAGGAUGUGCUCAACAUGGUUAUGGCAACAAUGCCACAAACACAACAGCUCAUGUAUCUACAGCAUAUGUCACGACUAAAUGAAAUGUGCAAACAGCUUACGCCAACGACAACCGCAGCCGCAGCGGCCACCGCAGCCGCAGCAGCGGCGGCCGCUGCUUCCGUGGCCGCGCCCAGCAACGCAGCGUCGCCGACGACGUCGUCACCGGCUGCGGCCGUCGCAACAACCGCAUCGCCGGCGACGUCGACCUCGUCAGCGAAUUUCUCCGACCUCUCAACUCUGAUCAACUCGCCCAAUAAGAACGAGUAA